CUUCCUGUGCUUGCAGCUUCAGACAUUUGGGGAAUCCUGAAACAAGUCAUUCCCGCAAAGAGGCAUUGCCAACUUAGUGUAAGUAGACUCUGAAUGAACAGAGGAUACAGAAAGAGGCUGUUUCACUAAGAGCCUUGACAUUCCUGCCCUCCCGUGUUCGCUCCUUCAUGUCUUUUGUUGCGGACACUGACUGCGCUGGCUGGACACUGUGAGACAUUUGACUAUGGACAUAGAGACGCUGUAGAGCCCGACACUCUGCAUGUACGCUCGACUUGCUGAUGGAAGUUGUGCAUUGGAACUGAUCGUCGAGUCAGAUCAGAGAGACACUCACUGCUGGGGAGUGGCAGCAGAAGACUCUGUGUCGUCUCCCUCGGGCCCCGCCCCCAUGGACCUGCGUGUAGGUGAGCGUCUGGUGCGUCCGGGUUCGGACACGGCCUUCCUGUCCCCUCUGCACCCCCCUCUGCUGAUCGGCCCCUUCAAUCCACAGCACUGUUCCCAGUACAGCCAGCAGCAGCUGCAGCGCAUACAGCCUUAUAACAUGGAGCAGCAUCUACGAGACCAGGAACUAGCGAAACUACAGCUACAGCAACUUAAAAACAAGGACAAGAGUCAACAGAGUGCUGUGGCCAGUGCGUUGGUGAAGCAGAAACUGGCGCAGGUGAUUCUGAAGAAGCAGAAGGCGGUGCUGGAGAGGACCAACUCCAACCCUCUGAGCAGCCCGUCGGUCGCCUACCGGUUAGAAACAGCUCUCAUUACCGCACGCAGCUGUUUAAGUGCACAGACUCAUGUGCUUUUCCUCAGAUUUGAAAAUAAAGGUCUUCUGUGUUCCCACAGGGAGCUGGUUCCAGAUCCCAGCUCUUCUGUCCAGCCGCUCCUGUCCUCCACAUCAGCUCUCAGCGAAGGGCCGGACGAACCACCCCUGAGACGAGCGACCUCAGAGCCCAACCUGAAGGUGAAGCAUAAAUUAAAGAAGCACCUGAACACCCGUAAGAGCCCGCUGACCCGCAAAGAGAGCGCGCCGCCCGCCGUCAAACACCGCGUCCCUGAUACGCUGGAUUCGUCCCCCAGCAGCAGUAGCACUCCAGUGUCCGGCUGCAGCUCUCCAAACGACAGUCUGCCCAAUGAGAACGGAGUGCUGCCCGCCACCGCCAGCCUGUCCCAUGAGGCUCAGAGGCUGCUGUUGCAGGACGGGUCUUUAGCUCACUUCACAGUGCAGAAUCCCUCCAGUCUCCCCACCAUCACGCUAGGCCUCCCCGCUAACACCAAGGUGGAGAGUGAGUUGGGUUCGCUGAAGCUGGGUCGUGUGCCGGUGCUGGUUCCUCUGGGUGUGGAGGAGCAGAGCGGACCGCUCAUACAGCCCGUCCUCAUCCUGGAGCCCUCUGGACUCGUACACACCCCUCUACUGGCCGCAAACAAUUAUGGGACUUCAGAAAAACAUAUACACUACCAUUCAAAAGUUUGGGUUCCAGGUCUGGGUCCGGUUCCCCUGCAGUUCAGCGCGUCUGGUCCUCAUAAGCCGCUGAGCCGGACCCGCUCCGAACCGCUGCCCCAGAGCCCCCGUGCGCUCCAUCCUCACCUGCUCCAGCAGCAGCAGCACAGCGCGCAGCUCCUGGAGAGACUCAAGCAGCAGACUCACCUGGGCAAGCUCAUGUCGAAGUCCAGCGAGAAGCCUCGUCUCCGGCAGAUCCCGUCAGAGGACAUGGACUCCGAGGAGGUGGGGCCGUCAGCGGGCGACGCCCAUCAGGCCAGGGUGAGGGCGGAGUCUCAGAGAGAGCUGGAGAGUCAAGAGGAGCAGCUCAACCUGCAACACGCCCUCAUUCUCAACCAGUCACGCCUGUGGGAAACGCAAAAGCAACUCCAGCACCUGCGCAGACAGACGGCUCACAUGGAGACACUGGCGGUACCCAUGAUGCUCGGCGCCGCACACCGGCCGCUCUCUCGUACGCAGUCGUCUCCAGCCUCCACCUCGCUGACGCUGCCGGACAAAGCCUUGCCUCUCAGCACGGCACCGGAGCCGCCCCAGAGCCAGCCGCGCUUCACCACGGGUCUGGUGUAUGACUCCCAAAUGCUGAAGCACCAGUGUGCGUGUGGAGACAACAGCAGCCACCCAGAGCAUGCUGGGAGAAUCCAGAGCAUCUGGUCGCGCUUGCAGGAGAGGGGCCUCAGGGGCCAGUGUGAGAGUAUUCGGGGAAGGAAGGCCACUCUAGAGGAGUUACAGUCUGUCCACACCGAGCGUCACGUUCUGCUCUAUGGCACCAAUCCACUCAACCGCCUCAAACUGGACAAUCGCAAGCUGGCCGGCAUACUGUCACAGCGAAUGUUCGUCAUGCUGCCCUGUGGAGGAGUCGGGGUGGACAACGACACCAUCUGGAACGAGAUGCACACGUCCACAGCGUCCCGCUUGGCGGCCGGGAGCGUGACGGAGCUGGCCUUCAGAGUGGCUAAAGGAGAGCUCAAGAACGGCUUUGCUGUGGUUAGGCCACCAGGACAUCACGCAGACCCGUCAAACCCCAUGGGUUUUUGUUUCUUCAACUCAGUGGCGAUCGCUGCUAAGCAGCUCCAGCAGAAGCUCAGCGCCAGUAAAAUCCUCAUCGUUGAUUGGGAUGUUCAUCAUGGCAACGGCACCCAGGAAAUCUUCUACAAUGACCCCAGCGUCCUCUACAUCUCUCUCCAUCGCUAUGAUAAUGGAAACUUCUUCCCUGGGAGUGGUGGACCGGCAGAGGUGGGUUCUGGUGCCGGUGAGGGUUUCAACGUUAAUGUGGCAUGGACCGGUGGUCUGGAACCUCCCAUGGGCGAUGCUGAGUACCUGGCUGCCUUCAGGUAUUAGUUUCACUUGGUUCAUUUGCUGAUUUAAACUAAC